GCCGUGUAUUUAAUUCCGAGCUGUUUUACAAAAUGGCAGCUCACUUGAAAAAGCGAGCUUAUGUUGAAUUUAGUGUAUCAGUGAUCCAGGAGGAAGCCCCAAAACCAAAGAAGCUUCGUUUGACAGUUCCUCCUGUUAGUGUUUCACCAUCGCCAGUAUUUGACCUCGGUGUAGCAGCUGGCCCUCAACAAGUACUUCAGCAACUUAAAAGUUUAACUGAUAGUCUCCCUUUAUCCAGCCAACAUGUUAGUGAGUAUCACAGUUUUGAGUAAACAAAAAUGUGUUCCC